GAGUCCUGCGCGCUGGCAGUCGAAAUUGCGUUGAGAGCGAAGCUGGCAAAAAGUAAAAGUGAAAAUCAGGCCCUUGAAAUUUGUUCAUCAAUUAUGCAUUGAUUGAAACACGAGCGAGUGCUGUGUAUUGUCUGUGUGCGCGCAUAGCGGAAAGUGAAUUUGAAAAGCGAGUGGGCAAACGACACAAAUAUUGUGUGUAAAGAUUGUCAUUCCGUUCCGUAAUCCAUAACUGCGAGAAGACACUCGAGCGCACCCACCCACACCACGCACGCUAUAUAUAUACAUAUACACACACACAGCAGUGGGUGAGCCGCCCCCACUUUGCCCUUGGCCCCACGGACCCAAGAAGCGUUCGAUUUUUCACAACAGCCAGUGAAAACGCCAAGCGGAGAGCCCCUCACCAAGCCGUGCAAACCGUUUGAGCCGCGCAACCCGAGCAGCAGAUACCCAUCAUAUCACCAUGGACAUGCUCAACCAGAUACUCAGCAUCAAUAACGGUGGCGCCUACGGGGGCGGCAAGGCUGGCGGCGCCUUCGACCCCCUCACGUUCGCCAUGAAGCCCCAAGUGGUCAUCAGGGCCCUCUGCUGGCUCUUCUCGGUGGUGGUCUUCGGCUGCAUAUCCUCGGAGGGCUGGACGGAGAAGGAUGGCAAGGAGUACUGCCUCUAUAAUGGCGACGGCAUGGCCUGCAAGUAUGGCAACAUGGUGGGCGUCUUCGGGUUCCUGGCCUCCAUGGGUUUCAUGGGUGGCGAGUUCCUGUUCGAACGGAUGUCGUCGGUGAAGAGCAGAAAGCGUUACGUCAUGGCCGACAUGGGUUUCUCGGCCUUCUGGACCUUCAUGUACUUCGUGGCCUUCUUGUACUUGUGGUCCCAAUGGAGCUCCUCACCCCCACCGCCGCUGGGAAUCGGAGCUGGAAGCAUGAAGACCGCCAUUUGGUUCUGCCUUUUCUCCAUUGUCAGCUGGGCCCUGUGCGCCCUGAUGGCCUAUAAGCGUUUCCUGAUCGGCGCCGGCGACGAGUUCACCUCUGCCUUCGAAACGGACCCGGCCAACGUGGUUCACCAGCAGGCCUACGGUUACUCCAUGGACAACGACAACGACCAGUACAGCGCCUCUCCAUUUGGCCAGCCCCAGCAGGGAGGCAUGGAGCAGCAGCAAUCCGGAUUGGAGUACCAGCAGCCCACCUACUAAGGAAUUAACACACUUGCUCCUCCGUUGUCCGCACACACUCACCUCGAUUUCGUAGUGCAACCGGCAAGGAUUUACACGACUAAACAGCUACAACACACAAGUUGGCUUUACCGUAUACACCGAUGUCGAACAUAUAAACAAGAGUAACCGAAACAAUAACAAUAACAAUUGAUGCAACAAGCAGGCAGCAGCAGAAACCAAUCCACGCACUGGCUUUAGCUAUUGGGAGAUAUUAUGCGGGAUAUCCGAUGUGGGAUAUAUCCGAUGUGGGAUGGAUCGGAUGAGUAGUUCGAAUAACUCGUAAGCUAGCCCUUUAAGUUGAGUGUGCAGUUUUUUGUAGUGGAAAUUUGUUGCAAUAUAUUAUACAGAUAUACAACUAGUUAUAUAUCCCAUAUGUAUACAUGCAACCCGCGCUUUCAACGUUGUUAGUUAUUUAGUGUUUACGUGUACGUACCAUAUGGUAUACAUAUACUUACAUAUAUGAUUUGAUUUGUGCCAGACCCUGGUCCCCCGAUAAUCAGCUUGUUAGCAAUGGCAAUAGCUCGAGACAGAGGGAAACAUGAUGUUUUUUAGAUAAAUUUACACACACGCAGUGCAAAUACGAGUAGCUGAAGGACAUACGAACCACUGCUCAAGCCACAUAUCCAAUUUACCAUCUGAGAUUUACCCAACAAAUAGACCUGUGGCCAGGGUCGAUGCUUGGUUAAAAGAGCUGCAGACGAGUGCAACCACUACAAUAAACGCCAAACAAUAUGUAAAUUCUAAGCCGUAAGAGAUCAAUAACCGUAGAAUUGUUGUGAGGGAUUCAGUACUCGGGAGAUUACUGCAGGAAUUACUAUAUUUCUAGUUAUGGUUCGCAAAAUAAAAUGGUAUAGGGCUCGUGCAAGGCCUACUGUUGCCCCCUUCCCUACCAAAAAAUUUGUAUAGUAACUAUAAAUGCCCCAACAAUACCCAUUAUGCAUUGUAAGGAAGCGGUUCGCCUACAGGAAAUAGUGGGUGUGUUGGCCACUUCGAUAUACGAGAACUCGGAUCGAUAUCAAUGAAUGUAAACAUAUUGAUUACAUAAUACAUAAAUGUUCACUUAGUGCAGCAACUUGCGAUAACCUACAAAUGUAUUUGUUAAAUUAAAUACCAUAUACAUAUAUUAUAUAUUAUAUAUAUUUACGGAUUGUAUGUGUAAUACGAAGCGCCCUGUUAAAUGCAACAAGGAGAUAGGGAUCUCAGCAAAUAUACAAGUAUAAAUUAAUCAUGUAGAGUUCGUGUGCGUUAUAAAAAACUAAAAAAUAAAAAACUAAAGAAGUAAAAAAGGUAGAAAAAGAAACAUAAAACAAAACUUACUCAUUUAAAACCUAAUGAUCGAUUUAAAUAGCGAACCCAAAACGGCCCAAAAUCGGCUUGAACAUUGCGAAACACUAAUGUCAUAGAUAAACUCUUCAAACAAAAUUUUCAACUGGACAGCCCCUCAAGAAAUAAUAAAUACAUAUUUUUAAAAAUCAA